AUGUAUCGCGUACCUCUUAUGUUGCGCGUCGUGCCCAUAUUCUUACUUUACCUCUCAGCAUCGCUCGCCGCUGACACCCAGAACCCCUUGGCGACGCCCAACGAACGUCGCGGGUACAAGACUGGCGACUCCCUCCCAGUCUCUUGCUUGAACCGAACAAUAGACACGGGCGAACAUGUCACCGACUCGCAUGGCAACCUCCAGUAUAUACCAUUCACGAUUUGCAACGAGACCGCUCUCCCGUUGUCCUUCCCUUACAAUACACCUUUGACCCAGACCUGCACAAUUCCUGAGCUGCCGGACGAGCUAUACCACCUGAUAGAAUUCUUCGUACACAGUGACGUGCCUCUGACAUGUCGAGUGCCAACGUAUCCGCUCGACAACAUAAUACCAGGGUCUACGGACACCGCGGACUCGACAGGAGUAGGCAGUACUGCCGAUGUUGACACCUGGACGCCCUUCACGAUCGCGGUACAGGGGACUCUACAGACGUCACAUCUGCAUUUACACACGAACAUCAACGUCUUGUUCCACACGUCGCUCGAAGCGUCAACAAAGGAGAAGAAGACUGUGCCCCCGCCAUCACAUCUGAUCGCGAGUUCGGCAUAUAGUGUGCCUAACCCAGCGUUAUCAUCGCCCAAGGAGGGAACGAAGAUCAUCAGAUAUGAGCCAUUGACGCUGACAUUCAACGUGGCGUGGAUAGAUGGAGAUGUGCUGCCCGGUAUGGUCGGACGGCCGGUCUUGAGCGUGACGGAUCAUAGGGUUGGAUUCUCGCUCAUCAGUCUGCUUGGAUUGGCUGCUGCAGCUGGAUUUGGUGCUUUGGCUAUGCUGUUGUAUGAGCGAAAGAAGAGUGGAAGGGCGAAUGCAAAUGGCUUACUGGGCGGAAAUGUUGGUGGUGGACUGCCGAACGGAGGCGUAGCGAGAAGCACUGGAUAUGGUGGUUAUGGCGGUUACGGAGGUUACGCUGGACCAGGAAAGCGCGACUGA